AAUUGAAUAUUGCUCUCUAUUUUGUACCUGAUGUAGAAGAUGACAUCUAAAACCAUAAAGAGUCUCAAGCUGCCAAAAGCGGUUGCGGAAAUUUAUGAAUCCCAAUGUGGAAUUACGACUGUUUUUGACUGGCAAUAUGAGUGCCUCACCACAACUGGCGUGUUGCAGGGAAAGAACCUAGUGUUCAGUGCACCGACAUCCGCCGGAAAAACUUUGGUCGCUGAGCUGGUCAUGAUCAAACGCAUCCUAGACAACAAUCGAAGGUGCAUAUUCAUUCUUCCUUUUGUCUCAGUCGUGCGGGAGAAGGUUUACUAUAUGAAGAAACUGUUCAAAAGACUCGGCAUUAGAGUAGAAGGCUUUAUGGGCGGCGAGCAGCCGAACGGCGGCUUAGCAGUUUGCGACAUUGCAAUUUGCACUAUAGAGAAGGCUAACUCUUUAGUGAAUCGCUUGAUAGCGGACAACUCGUUGGCUUCUCUGGGAAUGGUAGUGGUUGACGAGUUGCACAUGGUCGGAGACCCCAAUCGUGGAUACCUGUUGGAACUUCUUCUAACUAAGCUGAUAUUUAUAAUGAAGCAUAUGAACAACAAGGAACUGUGUCAUACUCAGAUUCUAGGAAUGAGUGCGACUUUACCAAAUCUGGAUGUUAUUGCCAGUUGGCUGGACGCUUCGCUAUACAACACAGAUUUCAGACCAGUUCCACUACAGGAGUGUCUUAAACUGGACAACAGGAUCCUUGCGAAGGGAGAUCCACAGAACAUCCGAAUAAUUCCGAAUCUGAACAUAAAGCAAAUAGUAGAUGAGGAUAAUUUAAUUGGUCUGUGUUACGAGACUAUUUCAGACGGUCACUCGGUGCUAAUUUUCUGCCCCACCAAAGUCAGAUGCGAAAAGCUGACCAUAACAAUAGGAAAAGGAUUUCACUUUAUACUAGAACAACCUGUCCAAACUAUAGAAGAAUCGAAAAAAGAGCAGCGGGAAAGAUUUCGUGCAGUUCUCACUUCAGGACGUGAACAGUACGAACACUUCACGAAGCAGUUGAGAAAUUGUCCAGUUGGGUUGGACAAAUUGAUAAGUGAUACGCUCUAUUACGGUGUGGCGUAUCAUCAUGCUGGUCUGACUUUUGACGAAAGAGACGUGAUUGAAGCUGCAUUCCGAUCGGGUGCUGUCCGGGUUUUAAUUGCGACGUCAACCCUUUCAUCUGGAGUAAAUUUACCCGCACGUAGAGUGAUAAUCAGGACACCAGUUUUCAACGGUUCGCUUCUGGACACUUUGUGUUAUAAACAGAUGUGCGGUCGCGCAGGCAGGAAAGGAGUUGACAAUUUUGGCGAGAGCAUUCUGGUCUGCAAAGCAAAUGAAAAAUGGAAAGGGGAAUCGCUCAUGAAUUCACAGUUGAAGCGGGUAGAAAGCUGUCUGAACUUCAGUUCUGGUGUUACAAAUGCCCUAAAGCGUGCGUUAUUGGAAAUAAUUGCGGCGGGUAUCGCAAAAACAGAGCGUGAUUUAGAGUGUUACUUUGAAAGUACACUGCUCCAUGCUGCAUCUGCUAUGCGCGAGUCCGCAGAAGUAAAUAGCCAGUUCGUUCUCUCCGGCUUCCAAAAUAUAAAAAGCCAGGCUCCGAAUCCUGACGGUGGCAAUGUGUCGGAUGGUCUGAUUCAUCCAGUUAGUGUGUGCGUUAGUUACUUGGAAAACUUUGAGUUCAUUCGCUUUCAUGCGAGUAAAGAAAGCGAAGACGUGGGUGAUGAUGAAAACCGAUGUAACGGUGUUUCGAAUAUUGAGCAAAGCAGACUUUUGUAUCCGACUCAACUUGGAGUGGCGGCUCUGAGCUCCUCCUUUCCCCCACAUCAGAGUUUGAUGGUGUUUGCUGAGCUGCAGAGAGCCAGAAGGAACUUCUGUUUAGACGAUGACCUCCACCUGGUGUACUUAGUCACACCUCUGUAUUGCCAUGAAGUGUCUGCAAAUAUGGAGUGGAUGAACUUCAUGAACCUUUUAGAAGCGCUACCACCUAGCUCAAAACGAAUAGCAAGGCUAGUAGGCAUAGAAGAAGGCUUUAUAGCGAAGGCUGUUAGGGGGAACUUAAGCAUGACCUCGGGCUCAGAACGCACGAAAGUAGACGUCCACAAAAGGUUUUAUUCGGCACUUGUUUUGCUAGAUCUGAUCAACGAAGUACCGUUGAACGAAGUUUCGGCAAAGUUUAGUGUGAGCAGGGGUCAGCUUCAGACACUUCAACAGAGUGCAGCCACCUUUUCAGGAAUGGUCACUGUUUUCUGCCACCGUCUCGGCUGGAAGAAUCUGGCCAUGCUGCUUGGAAGUUUCCAGAGUCGACUUAAUUUUGGAGUGCACCAAGAGUUAGUUGAACUUGUCAGGAUAUCAGUUCUGAACGCACAGAGAGCAAGGCUACUGUUUAGUGCUGGCUAUCACACUAUUGUGCAUUUGGCAAAUGCACAGCCAGAUGUCUUGGAACAAGUUUUGUACAACAGAGCUCCAUUUAAAAGUAAAAAGAACGGUAAGGGCCAUGUCACAGAGACUAAUGGCGACAAUGUUUCGAAUGGUGCCAAAAACGAAGGAAUUUGGGUAAUUGGCUCUAAAAAUGCACUUAGCGAAAAAGAAGCUGCACAAAUAAUUAUAGCAGAAGCUAAACAGUUAGUUUGCGAUGAUUUGCGUAUGAUGGGAAUCGGAUUGCUAGACCACGAGAGGAAUCUCAGAAAUGAGUCGAGUCGACUGGAUAGAUCAGCAAGUUCAAAUAACACUUCUCGGCGAAAAAGUAGAGUGUCUCUGAUAGAGAAGUCACUAUUUGAACUCGAUCAUUCUACUGAGAGCAGGAAGUCUAAAACUCCAUCUAAGCAGAUUAAAUCUCCAAUUUCAAAUCGGACCAGAAGACGAAAAAAGACGCGGUCAAAAAGUAAGUCGAAUGAAUCGCCACUCGCAAGAAGUUCUUCGCUGGUCAAGAAUACUGAUAGUGGCUCGCAAGCGGAGCCUCCAGCUAAGCGAAGUAGUUUGGAAGCUAAGUUGUCAGAAACCAGGUCUCACAAUGAGUCAAACAACAAAGUAGUUCCUGUGGAUGUUUCAACUGCGAAGAUUGCGCUCAAAAAUUCAAAUGUAUCUAAAAUUACUGAUAGUGCGGAAAAAUCAGCUGUAACAAUUCAGACAGAUAAAAUGUUAGCAGACGUAUCUAGUAGAAAAAAUUUGAUUUCACAAAAGCGGUCACGAAGCUCUAGUAUUGUACCUGCUCUAGAUUCUUCCUUUCGGAAAGACGACAUAGAAAUGAGCUCGACCCCUUUUCAGUCAAAGACGAAAGCUCAUCCCGCAAUAUUGAAUGGAAAACUUGUUUUCAAUACUCCGCAAGAACCAAAACUUCAGUCUAGUAUAGGUGAAUUGAAACCUCCAGAAAAGGCCAAAAUUGAUUCCCAAAAAGUGAUUGCUGAAAAUCUAGAAAAUUUGGCUCCCCAAAAAGCCGAGUACCUUAGUGCGGCAAGUUUCGAAGUAUCGUUUGACCAUUCUGAGAAGAGCAGACAAAUUUUAACAGACAGUUUGAUCCAGCAGCUUACAGAAAACGACCUUUACGUAGUUGCGGCAAAAACUAAAACGAGUGACAUGACAGUCGCUUCACCAGAAAACAACGUCAAACAAUUCCAGUCGAUUGGAAUUGAAAGCGUUUCGAGUAAUUUGGUAAAAGUCACUGCGGAAACACAAAUUUUGGAAAAAGUAACUGAUAAACGAUUUUCAGGUGAAUUGUUUUCGAACCAAGAAACAGUGGAAAACAAUAUAGAGGAAAGUUAUGUGGAAUUCUCUAACAAAACUUACGAAUCGAGCUUUCAGGAUGAAGACGAUGAAAUACUUGGAAAGGUAGCUGAGGUUAAACAGAAAUUGCUUCUGGGAAACGAUUUGGAACCCACUUCUUCACAAUCCAGUUCUUCGAACACGGACGAUGAAGAUCUGAAGUUCCUCCGAUUCGAUCAGAUCAAAAGCAGUCAAGAUGUUUUGUUCGAGGACUUUGACGAACUGCCGCCAAAUCAGUUGAACUCUACUCUGGAUGAAGACGUAAAUCUACAUUUGACCCGCUCGGCAGUGUCAAACAACAGGACUCCUCGCGUGUUCGAGCCGAGUGAAAGUAGCAUGUUGCUUGAUUCAGACAUGCUGACACAGGCACUGUUCGAAACUAUAGAUGCCAAACACAGUUUUUGCGAAGAGCCCAUCGAAGACCCAGUCACGCCACAGAAAGUGGCCAUUGAUCUUGCAAGAAUUACGGCGACUAACCAGUAUUCAGAGCAGUGUAUAAAUGAACCAAUGGGUAAAUACAAAACAAAAUUGAUAUGGGAAGGAGAUCCAGAUUUUGAAAAGAGUCUGAAAAAUCUGGAACAAUCGUGCGGUCUUUCAAUGUCAGUUUACGUAUCCUUAUCCAAUGAUGAAUCUAAAGAAUGCAAUGAUUUGGUAACUGGCUCAGGUUACGAGACCAAAAAAGGUAGCCUUGAUUUAUGUAAUCGCCCUGCACGGGCCGAAGUGGUCAUUUGCAUGUGUGCUCCUGACGAUCCGCUCACUGCCUACUAUCUUCGCAUAAAUCAAUUCGACAAGCAAAUUGUAAAAGAAUCGAAUAUACUCAAUAAACUUUCGUCUCUAAUUCGCAGUAAUACUGUAGUGUGUUUUGACGGCAAAAGAGUCUUGAGCUCAAUUAGUUCGAUGUUUGACGUGAUGCCUGAACGACCACUGUUUGAUUUGGGUCUUGCUUGGUGGGUUUUGAACAGCUGUGAGAAAGAUAUGGGUACUAGCGGAUUAUCAGUUGCCGAAAUAUGUUCAGCCGUUGAUCCCGGUUUCGAUUGGGAGGAACUAUGCGGCGUCAAAAUUUGGAAAACUUUGACCACGAAGAUACAGGGAUUUUACUCAAAUCAAAACGAGACAAUUAACCGCAAUAUUUGCGCUGUUCUUUCGGUUUUGGCAGCGCGGUUGUAUAGACUCGUGAAUAAAAAACUUCAGAGUUUGUCAUUGGAAUCUUAUUUCAAUCGCGUCGAGUCUAAAAUACAGCUUAUGAAUUAUCAAUUAGAGCACACUGGGUUUUUAGUUUCGAGCAAUAAAUUCAGAAACAUGAAAGAAUUUUGUAUUGCUCGAAUCCAGAAGCUAAAACAUUUUGCGCGCUCUUUUACUGUUAAAGAGUUCGAUUUGGGCUCACCUGAAGAUGUUGGUUUUGCUCUUUAUUUCGACCUGAAGUUACCGCCAAAUGGGGAUCUGGAAAACAUGAAGCCAGGGUCGAAUUUCCAGCAAGUUCUUGGGCUGAAGAGGUCUGAUUUGAAAUCGAAAAGAAUCAACGGAAAACUGAAACUUCCCCCGGAAUUUAACACGAGGAAUGAGACCUUAAUGAAGCUAAAAGAGUUCCACAUUCUUCCGAGUGUAAUUAUUGAGUUCCGAAAAAUCAAAAUACUACUGGCUAAAUUGAGUUCGUUUUCCCGUCUGAUCAGUCAGGAUGGAAGACUGAAAUGCACAUGUGAUUCCUUAUCAGAGACCGGUAGAAUGAGGUUCAAGGAACCAAAUAUUCAAAACGUGCCAAAAUCGUUUUCUCUCCUAGACCUGAGUCCGAGAAAACUUAGAAGAAGAUCCACUCGAAAUCGAUCGCUAAGCAACGACAAAGAGUUCACAGAACUGAACUGCCGAGACUUGUUCAUUCCCUGCUCUGAAGAUUUCACCCUUGUUGCAGCUGAUUAUUCGCAAUUAGAGUUACGAAUAUUGGCCCAUUUUUCAGGCGAUGAAACUCUCCUAGAAUUUUUAAAUGGAGGCGGCGACGUGUUCAAAAGCAUAGCCAGUGUGUGGAAAGAUGUGAAGCUAGACAAGGUGUCUGAACUAGAACGGAACAAUGCAAAACAGAUGUGCUAUGGAAUAGUUUACGGAAUGGGAGCUAAAGCACUCUCGGAACAACUGGGAACGUCGGUCAGUGAUGCGGAGAAAUUUAUCCGAUCCUUUAGAAUGGCGUUCCCAGCUUUGUUUGAUUUUGUGGACGCCACAAUUGAGUUCUGUCAGAAGCACGAGUACGUACAGACCAUUUGCGGGCGAAAGAGAAACUUGCCUGAGGUUAAUAGUCAGAAAGCUCAGAAGAGGUCACACGCGGAGCGACAAGCUGUAAAUUCACGCAUUCAAGGAUCAGCCUCUGAAAUUUUGAAGCUGGCCAUUGUUAAUAUAAAUAGACAGCUGGUUUGUAAUGGAUUUAGAACUUGUUUCAAUGCCGAAAGUAGAGCCAAAGAAUCGGAUAGAUUCUGUGUAUUAGUGCUGCAUCUUCACGAUGAAGUCAUUUAUGAAGUUGAGAAGCGAUUUCUUCCCGAAGUUGUGGCUCUCAUCCGACACGAAAUGCAGUUGGUGCUCAGCAAAAAGCUGAAGGUUAAAUUACCUGUCAAAGUCAAAAGUGGACCUUCUUGGGGCCAAUUGAUUGAGAUAGUUGAGCUAGAAUGAAGUUUCAUUUUUGUUAAUGAAUGAUAUAUGUGCAAUAGAUUAAUUAGCAGCAAUUUUGAUACUUUUGUAAAAUGAAAUUUAACACUUAUUGAGUGUUUUUCUUGUUUUUGUCUUGGAUAACUUAAGGUUGUAGUGCAUAUAUUUUUUCUAUGAUUAUUUCAUAAUACGGUUUUUUGUAAUUGGGCAUUCCCUUUUUGACCGUGCUAGCGCUCUUUUGCAUGAAUAUUUCAUGAGAGAGAGAGAGAGAGAAAAAAGCAAGAAGCAAGAAGGAGUGUCAUGGGUUUCCAAUAUUCCCCUCUGUAGUUGACCUGUUUGUCUUCUGAUAUUAAUUCUACCUACUACCCAAGUCUUGAAGCGUGACCAAAAUGUAGCCGAAGUGUCAUUAGGGGGGUGCUAUUUCCUUCCAGCGGCGCCCAGUUUAUUGGGUGCGGUAGAAUAUAAGGCGCGCAAAGUAAACACUGUCCUAAUGUAAAUUCUUUC